GUUCAACAGGAUUAUAAUAUGGCUUAAAACUAGGAUUUACAAUAUUUUAAGACAGGAAUUGUAGGAUUUGUAUUCAUGUAUUCAAUGUUUAAUUUUGGUCAUUAUUUUAAUAAAAAUAGAAAAACAAAGAAUCAAAUAAAAAAAUUGAAAUCAUACCCAAUAAAAAGUUUAUCAGAAAUAGCAACAGAGGUUUAAGCACGAUAAAAGUCAAAUAUAUACUUUAUUGAAGGAAUUCCUUAAUAAGGUAAAUUAUAAUCUACAUUUAAAAAAACUCCCGUAAUUUUGCGUAUUAAUUAAAAAACAGCACUUUUUUCAUGUGAUUCUUUCUUAGAGCCAAGAAUAUAGUUUGAUUGGAGAGAGUAAUAUAUAAUUUAAAAGAAUUAGGGCAAGCACAUCAUCAGAUUAUUAAAUAGAUAAGCUUCCAUCUUUCAUUUUAAAGGAUUAAUUAAGUUCAUAAGAAGCUUAAAUAUCGAUAAAUGAUGAAGUUGAUAUCAGUACUGCAUUAAUUAGUUUUGGUUUUAAAGACUAAAAACGUUCAUUAUCAAUUGCAGAACAUAUUGGAAAUUUUGCAACAAUUUUAUAUUCAUCCUUAUUUAGAAUUUUAGGACCUGCUUCCCUUAUUUAAGUUCUUUUUAGAGAUGGCUCAUUUAAAGGAGUACAUAUUGGAUAUAGAGACAAUGAAUUCGGUAUAAAAGCUGAGGGACUUUUAUCAGUAUUAGGAUAAGCAGUAUAUGAUACUGAAACAAAAAAAAUAAAAAUUAUAAAUCCAUUAGCAUUAACAUUAUCUAAGAACAAUUACAUUUAUUAAUUGGAGAAGAAAUUAUAAGAAAAUGGAGUAGCUAUUAAUUUCUGGCUUAUUAUAUCUUUUUUAAGUGGUUUAUAUAUUAGUAGGAGAGUUUAUGUAUAUAAUAAAAAACAUCCUGAAAUUUUAAAUAAAAUUAUAGCUUAUUUUAAUAAACUAUUCAAAAAAGAAUAAACUUCAAAUAUACAAGUUAAACCAAUUGAAUAACAAAAAGUAUCUUUGCCAGAUGAGAAAUAGGCAGAGAUUAAUGAAACAGCCACAGCAUUUAAGUGAA